AUGUCGCAUUCUCUGUCGGUGCCGUUAGGGCUGUCCACCAUUGACUGCACUGAUGGUGACAGCACAGCGACGGCUAGACCGCGAAUCAAUGGUCGAUAUCAGCGCUACAAAGCCAACACAGACAAGCUAAUCACAUGGUUGGUCGAGACUGCGAACAGACAAUGCGAUGUAACUCGGCUCGUACGAUCGCUACGCGGGCAAAGGGAUUGGGGCCAAUAUGCGAAAGACACGAUCUUCGAGGUACGUGCAGCAGAACUUGUGCCCCUAGCACAAGCCAUCAUCGCCGCUCGCCCUCUCGUCGGUAUUCCUGCUGGUAUCAUGACAACAGCGAAGGACGUCAUUGUCGGCAGGCAGAGCUCCGCGGACAAGUAUGCCAGGAGGUCGAUGAAAAGGUUCAGCGCGCUUUUGGACGAAGACAUAGCGCACCAACAUUUCAUCGGCGUCCUACAGCAAGUCCACGAUGUUCUCAGUACGUCACAUCAGCAUCGAACAGAUCAGCAUGCUGUCGACCAAUAUCGCGACACGUCACCCACAAGCACUAAGCGUAUCAGCUCCUCUCCAGAGCCUGAGCGCAACACCUUCGACCACUCGACAUCACGCGACUCUGCUACGAUCAAUAACGAGACCACUGCCACCUCGUAUAUACAUAAUCAUGCUCCCCUUGAUCUUUCAAAGGCAAGCUUCAAGCUAGAGAAGCAAAAGGACGACCGACUCUUUGCCUUGUGCUGUCACUUACACGAUCUGGGAGAUGCUCGUGCUAUGAUCCGAGAUGCCUGGGUACAGUACAUGGAUGGAAAUUUCAGUUUCCUGGCAGCCAGUAUAACCACUGAUGCAGGCUUUGGGCUGAUGCGGUGUCUCGACGAUGAGUUUGCGGUGCUCAACCAAGAGCUCGCGACGUACGAAGAUAUCCUGAACUUCCUGCAUCUCGACGUGGUGUGGUACCCUGGAGACAAGUGCGUUCUCAUUGUCAACGAAGGAUACAACAAGGAAAACCUCACUUUCGACGCCGGUCAGAAUGUUACCGAGCUGUUGUGUGGGCCGGGAGCUCUCACCGUCAGAUAUCACGCUGCUCAGAUGAGGCAUUUCCAGCCUAAGGACCGGAAGGGAUCUCAAAAAGAAAACAUAUCGCAUGACUGUCUCGCUCAGUGGAGUCGAUCCCAUCCAUUGGCUGAGACUAUAUACUCCAACUGUUUCUUUCUGUUCGGAAAGUUGCAGACUCAAGAUCGUUUCGACGACUUCAUCUCUGCCUUUGUCGAUGUCGCAAGUUCCGGUCAGCGACGAACUUGGCAUGUUGUGGCCACCCAGACUUACAUGGACGUGUUUGAUAUCCCAGGGAUGAAGAAGUCUAUGGGUAUGGAUACACUCAAACAAGCAGCAUCCAUGUGCCAGACAACGCAUGAACAGAUCCACGAGUACUUCAAGUCCCAUCUUGCUGAGAUACUUGGAGCUAAGCAUGCCAUACAGUGGUUUUUGGGUGCCUCUAGAAGCACGCACAAAGCCAUGAAGGUUUCUGAGUCUGAUCACAGCGCCCUACGUUCUGGUAAGAUGCACUCCGCGAAGUUUAAGGCGCAGAUGCAAGUCAUGAGGGAAAACGUCAACAACUGGACUCGUGGCUUGGAGGAUCAACUCCCAACGUGCGCUGGGAGCUCGGCUAUUUCUAUCAAGCUGCUCAUGCUUGAGGAGGGCGUCCGGUCCUGCAACGAUAACAUUAUGGUACAUGCGAUGGCGUUUCUCUACAAAGCUGCCCGUCAUGUCGGAUACGCAAACCUGAAUUGGCCAGACAUGGAGUUCUUGAUUCAGUCUCAACCUAGUGGGAGCUCUUUCGCCCCUGGCAGCACAAGAACUACAACACUUUCAGGGUUGCUGAGAUCUUUCGAAACGAGCGCCGGGAUCUACAUCGCAGCUCAUACUGGCACGCCCGCGGCGCCUGAUCCACUGCGCAACGGCAGGCCAGUCCGCGUGGGAGCCGAUUUUACCUCGAGACUUCUCGCAGCCCUUCAUGGUGACGGCAAAAGCUUCGUCUCUCUCCCAACAACCAAGCUCGUGCAGAUCCUUCUGCAUCAGGUCACCUCAGCAGAAGAAGCGACUCAAGAAGCCAAAGGCAAGGGACAAGCGUCGCAGUCAAAGACGUACAGCGUGUCAGAACUUCUUGCAACCUUCAUGUCAUCCUUCAAGCAAGAUGAACCAAAUUUGAAUUUCAACUACGCGGGUUUUUGGAUCGACUGCAGCCAGCUCUUGCACGAUAUUGUAGGGGCACUGAAAUCUCACAAGAGCAUGAAGCCGAGCGACGUGGCAAGAUACGUUGAAAGUUCGGACGGCCCCCGAAGGUUUGCACACUUCACACUUGGCGAAGCUGCAGCUGCUCAGGAUGAUCGGGAGUUGCUGUCCUUGUCGCUUCUAGCAGCUGUCGGGCCACUCAUUGACGCUCACAUCGAGAGAGACGGGAAUAGCUUUGUCAAGGCGGCGUACGGGCAGUCGAGUGGGCAUUUACCGAAGCAAGCAUGCCCGCACAAUGAGGUAGACUACCCCUCAUGGAGAGCGGAAAGGCUGAAGGAGGCCAUGACGAUGGCAAGCGAGGAAACACACGUUGCCAUCUCAGGAGGUCUGGCAGUGCUGUACCAUCCUCGCCUUACGCUGGACGAUCUUGAAAAAGCCAGAGCGGACGAGAAGGAGGAAAGGGAAUCGAUGUUGCCCGGCUAUAUGCUUCGCUAG